AUGGAGUCAAGAGAGAGUCUCUCCAAAGGAGAGAGCAGCAACCAAAGACCGGACUGCACUGAUAAUAACGGCAUAUGCGAUAAGGGAAACAAAAGGGAAGAGACGGUCGAAGAAAAGUACAAUAACGGUAAAUGUGAACCGUGUUUGUUUGAUGAAAUUGAAGAAGAUGCUGUUUCGUUUUGUGUAGUUUGCAUUGAGUAUUUGUGCAAAGGUUGCGCCCGCGACCAUAGGAGGAGUAAGGUAACAAGAAGCCAUAAAGUGUUAGAUGAGAACGAAAUGCCAAAAGACCCCGGCAUUUUCAAAAUGAUGAAGUCUAUGAUGACAUGCACUGAACAUAACGAUAUUGAAGUUUCGUAUAAAUGUCAAAAACAUGAGAAAUUCAUUUGCACAAAAUGUCUUGCAGUUAAUCAUAGGAAAUGUGAUGAAGUAGUAGAAGUCUCAAAUGUGCAAAAUUCUUCCACUGACAGAGAUACCGAAACCUCAUUGUCAGCUUUAUUACAAACUGUUCAUGAUAUGACUAUUUCAGUACGAAUUGCAAAAGAAGACAAUAUCAAAAACAUACAUCUUGACAAUGCCUACAUUGCAGAAGAACGAUCAGAAUUCAUUAAAAGUUUACAAGAGCAUUUGCUGAAGCUUGAUGAAAAGUCUAAAAUGGAAACGGAAACCAUUGUAACAACAGAAAUUGAUGCAAUAAAAGAAGAAGUAGAUCAUUGUAAGAAAAUAGAAUAUCAAGAAAUCAAGUAUAAAAAGCUACUUGAUGUCGCUAUGAAUUAUGGUAGCGCAGUCGAGCAGAACGUGAUUUCCGAAUUAGUAAAAAAGAAGGCUGAAGACUUCAAGGAUGAAACCAAAAAGCAAGAGGCAAAGGCAACUGUUCGUCUGGAAUUCGAAAGAAACCAAGGUUUCACAGAUGUAUUAAGAACUGGAAAUGUAUAUGUUUUAAGGGGCGAGAAAAAAGAUGCUCAGAAAAAUGAUGACCAUCAAUACGAAAAUCCCAGUAAGCAAAUAUCAUUAGAAACUUCAAGCGAAGUUAUUGAUGAGACACCAUCAAACACUGGAAAAGCUUUGCACACAGGACCAUUAAUGCAAAGCUCGGUCAGCAGAACGAGAACGAUGCAUGAUUUACAUCAAACCACCGCUGGAUUUAGAUGUUCUCUAACAAAUAUAUUGGUUUUGUCAGAUGGGCGAAUUGUUGUGACAGACUAUAACAACAAAUCUAUUAAAAUACUUAAUCUGGAUAUGUCUGUAAAGAUGGAAUUUAAACUGGAUGGAAAGCCAAUAGAUUUGUGUCAAACUUCAAAAUAUCACUUGGCUGUCAUAUUUGAUGGCAAGAAGAUGAUUAAUAGAUUUAAAGUUGGAGAUGAUACAGUGUGUAAUGAUGGAGGGUUCCCUUCCAAAUUGUAUCCAAUCAGUAUUGAAAAAUCUAAUGAAAAUGACAGUCACGUUAUUAUAUUGUUUUCCGAUGAAAAGAGAAACACACCAAAAAAUAGUGACAGGGAUACUGUCAAGAUACAGGUACGAAGCGUGCAUAAUGGGGAAAUCAUUAAGCAGUUAACACUUAAGAUGAUUUUGGAAAACCCUGGUCGAAUUCGCGUGAUGCCAAAAGUUCAAAACGUCCUUCUGAUUUCGGAAAAUGAGAAGUUCCACUGUUUUGAGGUGGAUCAGACAAAUUCAGACACAAUUAAAGAAAAGUGGUGCUAUAAGAGUUCUAAAGAUAAUAUUAUAGAUGAUAUAACUGACAUUGCUGUGGACAAAGAGGGAAACAUUUAUGUUUGUGGAAAGGGUUCCAAAAACAUCCAUCAGAUAUCAGGUUCAAACCACAUGAAAAACAGAGUGUUCCUAUCGGUACCCGGAUCUCCCCAGUCUCUGUGUGUUGAUGACGAAAGAAGACGCUUGAUCGUGGGUGGUGAAAACGAUGACUUCAUCUACGUUAUUGCAUUAGAAUGA